UACAUGUUUAAGUUGAUUAGUAAAAGUUUCACCGUAGAUCCAUCUAGCUUGCAUAUGCAUAGCAGAGUGGAAACAUAAACUGAAUUGAUCUCACAAACUUCAUUACAUCCCUGAGUUAGUCAUCCACAAAUCAACAGAGAACUGGAAGCCAUGUAUGACUCAGUUUCAAUUAUAAUCAGCCCCAUCGCGAGCAGUCUCAUGACUGUGAUAUGGUUGUUGAUGGGACUAGGAGACAUCCCAGCAUUAGAGGGCAUCAAGGAUGAGUUGGAAAAGCUCUGGAGAGCCCUUGUCCCAAUAAAAGCUGAGCUGAUGGAUGAGGAGGACCUGCAAGUGGCUGAUCCAGUCUUGGAAUAUUGGCUGGGAGAGCUUCAAGAUGCAGCUUCUGAUGCACAAGAUGUAUUAGAGGCUUUUUCAACUAGAGUUUACUGGAGUGCUAGAAGAAAACAACAGCAGCAGGUAUGUCCAGGUAACGCUUCCCUUCAAUUUAACGUUUCCUUCCUUAAGAUCAAAGACAUCGUAGCUAGGAUAGAUUUGAUUUCACAAACAACACAAAGGUUGAUAUCUGAAUGUGUUGGGAGGCCAAAGAUCCCCUACCCACGGCCUCUACACUACACAAGUUCUUUUGCGGGUGAUGUUGUUGGUAGGGAAGAUGAUAAAUCUAAGAUAUUAGAUAUGCUUCUAUCCCAUGAUUCUGACCAGGGAGAAGAGUGCCACUUUUCUGUCAUUCCCAUCAUUGGCAUGGCUGGUGUGGGAAAAACAACUCUUGCUCAACUGAUCUUCAAUCAUCCUAUAGCAGUCCGACGUUUUGAUUUGAGGAUCUGGGUUUGUGUCACCGUUAAUUUUAACUUCCCUAGAAUACUUGAAAACAUCAUUACCUCUCUCUCCCACUUGAAUUGUGAUUUUGGAGGUUUAUCGACAAGUAUGCUAGAGUCUCGUGUUGUCCAAUUGUUGUCCGGGCAAAGAUUCCUGAUUGUCCUAGACGAUGUCUGGACUCACAAUUACUUUGAGUGGGAGCAGCUUGAGAAAGUAUUGAGGCACGGGGAAAGAGGAAGUAGAGUUGUGGUUACCAGUAGAACAUCUAAAGUAUCGGAUAUCAUGGGAAACCAAGGUCCUUAUCGCUUGGGUCUUCUGUCCGACGAUGACUGUUGGCAGUUGUUCAGAACGAUCGCCUUUAAACCAAGUCAGGAGUCAAACAGAACAUGGGGGAAACUGGAAAAAAUUGGUAGAAAAAUCGUAGCCAAGUGCAGAGGCUUGCCUUUGGCAGUCAAGGCAAUGGCAGGUCUGUUGCGUGGCAACACCGAUGUAAACAAAUGGCAGAAUAUCUCAGCGAAUGACAUUUGCGAAGUAGAGAAGCACAAUAUUUUCCCUGCCCUAAAACUGAGUUAUGACCAUCUACCUUCUCAUAUAAAGCAGUGCUUUGCGUACUGCUCGUUAUUUCCCAAGGGAUAUGUGUUUCGUAAAAAGGACUUGGUCGAGUUAUGGAUGGCAGAAGACUUCAUUCAAUCCACAGGACAAGAAAGCCAAGAGGAAACCGGAAGUCAAUAUUUUGAUGAGUUGCUAAUGAGGUUCUUCUUUCAACCUUCUGAUGUGGGCAGUGACCAGUAUACAAUGCAUGAUCUUAUCCACGAGUUGGCACAGCUAGUUUCAGGCCCACGUUGCCGGCAAGUGAAAGAUGGCGAGCAAUGCUAUCUAUCUCAAAAAACUCGUCAUGUGUCACUGCUAGGCAAAGACGUGGAACAACCAGUUUUACAGAUUGUUGAUAAAUGUAGGCAGUUACGCACACUUCUGUUCCCCUGUGGAUACUUGAAAAAUACUGGGAAUACCCUUGACAAAAUGUUCCAGACUUUGACCUGCAUCCGGACGUUGGAUCUAAGUUCAAGCCCAAUCUCAGAACUGCCCCAAUCAAUUGACAAGUUGGAACUUUUGCGCUACCUCGACCUCUCCAAAACAGAAAUCAGUGUGCUUCCCGACACCCUAUGCAACCUUUACAAUUUGCAAACCCUAAGACUCUCAGGCUGUCUUUCACUUGUCGAAUUGCCCAAGGACCUUGCGAACCUGAUUAACCUGCGACAUCUGGAGCUAGAUGAAAGGUUUUGGUACAAGUGCACAAAACUGCCACCAAGAAUGGGGUGCUUAACCGGUCUGCACAACUUGCAUGUUUUUCCAAUUGGCUGCGAGACUGGUUAUGGGAUUGAAGAAUUGAAGGGCAUGAGGUACCUGACCGGAACAUUGCACGUCUCAAAACUUGAGAAUGCAAAGAAAAAUGCAGCAGAAGCAAAGCUGAGGGAGAAAGAAAGCCUUGAAAAACUGGUUUUAGAAUGGAGUGGAGAUGUUGCUGCCCCACAAGAUGAGGAGGCUCAUGAGAGGGUGCUUGAAGAUCUACAGCCUCAUUCAAAUCUGAAAGAGCUCCUGGUUUUUCGCUUCUUGGGUACCAGAUUUCCUCUUUUGAUGAAAGAGAAGGCGCUUCAAAAUCUGGUGUCCCUUUCCUUGAACCAUUGCACAAAAUGCAAAUUUUUCUCAAUUGGCCACUUACCCCACCUUCGACGGCUGUUCCUGAAAGAGAUGCAGGAGUUGCAGGGAUUAUCAGUAUUUGGCGAAUCGCAAGAGGAACUUUCCCAAGCUAAUGAAGUUUCCAUUGAUACGCUCAAGAUCGUGGAUUGCCCUAAGCUAACAGAGUUACCCUACUUUUCCGAGCUAAGAGAUUUGAAGAUCAAAAGGUGCAAAUCCCUCAAGGUUCUCCCAGGAACCCAAUCUCUGGAGUUCCUGAUACUCAUUGACAAUCUUGUUUUGGAAGACUUGAAUGAAGCGAAUUCCUCCUUUUCUAAACUCUUGGAAUUGAAAAUUGUUUCUUGCCCUAAGCUGCAAGCACUGCCACAAGUGUUUGCACCGCAGAAGGUGGAGAUUAUUGGGUGUGAGUUAGUGACCGCCCUCCCAAACCCGGGUUGCUUUCGACGUCUUCAGCAUUUGGCAGUGGACCAAUCAUGUCACGGUGGAAAACUAAUAGGCGAAAUACCUGACAGCAGUUCUCUUUGCUCCUUGGUAAUUUCCAACUUCUCAAAUGCCACCUCCUUCCCAAAGUGGCCUUACCUUCCCUCUCUCAGGGCUUUGCACAUUCGGCAUUGCAAGGAUCUAUUGUCUUUGUGUGAAGAAGCAGCACCAUUCCAAGGUUUGACUUUCCUCAAACUAUUGUCUAUUCAAAGCUGCCCCAGCCUUGUGACGUUGCCCCAUGGAGGACUCCCCAAAACGCUUGAAUGCUUGACCAUCAGUUCCUGCACCAGCCUUGAGGCCCUUGGUCCCGAGGAUGUGCUAACAAGUCUCACGUCCCUCACGGAUCUUUAUAUUGAGUACUGCCCCAAAAUCAAGCGCUUGCCCAAGGAAGGCGUCUCCCCCUUCCUUCAACAUUUGGUCAUUCAAGGAUGCCCACUGCUGAUGGAGAGAUGCAGCAAGGAGGGAGGAGGCCCAGAUUGGCCAAAGAUCAUGCACAUUCCUGAUCUAGAGGUGGCGCCCACCAACGUUCGGUCGAGCCCAGAUUUCACAAAGUCCUCCAUGCAAGCAUCCGACUCCCCCGGUCCUGGUCCGAAGUCGCCUAAUAAGCCAAGGCCAUCCUCAGCGCAUUGGUACUCUCAUCUUUCAUGCUGCAGUAGAGGAGUUGAUGUAAGGGAAUCUACUCAAUCACCACGUCGUUUGAUGCUACGCGAAGGGCGUUGCAGAAGCUGAAUGAGGAGCUCAAGAUGUCACCGCCACAACCUCCACCAGUGCUGCCAGCAAUGCCGUCGCUAUUGUCAUGGCCAGAUUCAGCCGUCCCCACACUUACUGCCACCAUCGACCACCAACACGCACACGGUUAUCGUUCCUCACCACCCACCGUUUUUCCUUCCAGCACUAUCACUGCCUUGGUCUGACCAGCCCAGAGGAGCUCUUCACCGACACCAUCUUCAGUAUAUUGAUAUAGUCAUCUUUCAUGCUCUAGAGGUUAGUAACUACCAUACCUCUGCCUUAAAAUAUCUGCCAUGCUUGAUGUAAGGGAAACUGCAGAAUCGCUGCAUGGCUUGAUACCACAGGAAAGUAAAUUCAGAACUAUAUAUAUACUCUUAUAAUUUGUUAUAUGCAAUUUAUCAGAACAACAAGGAACGUAUCGCAACAUAUAUAGAAGUCUGGGAUAUAUAAGUAACCCAAUCAGAUGAUUAAGAAUACCAUACUCAUAAUUUUAUGAGAAUGUACCAAACUGGUAUUAACUUCAGCAUAAUGCAAUAGCCAUCAGGUUUCCUGGAUGAUAA